AUGAGCAGUAGCCAGGCCGAAGAUGAUGCUGCUGGCGACGAGCAACGCCGGUCUUUGUGGCAGUUCCUGCUGCACCCCAUUGAAUCCUAUGAUGACCUGAUGGAGACCCUCCAGUCCUCCAGCGACACCACCUACAAGGAAAUCGGAUACACGACUGCCGUAGCACUCAAUGUGAUCUUGUUGCUGGCCAAGUUUGCCCUCCCGCACGCAUGGCGGCUGCCGUUCGGUGUGGGACUGCUGCUCUUGAGCUGCGCCUUUGCCUGGCGCUUCUUCACCAAGAAGAAGCUCUACCGAAUCUACAAGAGGGAGGGCUCGCUGCCGAUCAAGUCGCCCAACGUGCGGGUCGCCGUCACGAGCCCUCGGAAGCUCAGGGGAGCUGUCUCUCGCAACGACAUCACGGAAGUGUGCGACCUCAUGCUCUGGGACCCGCCCAUCAUCUCGAAAACUGUGUUCUGCCUGUUUUCUCCGCUCCAAGUGGCCGUGGUGCUGGUCGCGAAUGACUCUGACUUGAUGGCCUCCAUCUUUUCGCUCGUCUUCGCCGCCAUCAUUGCCAUCUUUAUCACGUUCAUGUGCAACGUGUUCACCACGUGGAAGAACGACCAAGAGGUCAUCUUCAGGGAGGUCUACGAUGAGCAGAAUCGGUUCAUGCUCUCGCAAACGGCCAAGCCCAAGGCCGACGCGGCCAUCCAGGCCGACGCCGUGGACACCCACGAGACCUCGCUCCUCUACCCGGCCUAUCCGCCCACCGUGAUCGUGGUGCCGCCAACGCCGGUGCAGACCACCCCGCGCUCGUUUUCUGCUGGCACUCGCUCGUCCGCCGGAUCGCAGACCACGCCCCCGUCGUUGACUUCGCCCACUUCAAUCCCGAGAAAGAGGAAGAAGAGCGUGAAUCCGUUCCAGCAAGGCGGCCUGUAA